AUGUACAGAACGUGUGUACAGCCAGUUCUCACAUAUGGCUAUGAGGGCUGGUUCGAUACGGAAAAGAGUGACUACCUUGUCGAACAGUUGAAAAAGACAAGACGUUUUGCAUUGAAACUGGCUUAUGGAGUACAACUUGACGAAAGGCUAGAAGACUCGCAAAAAUCCUCUGUACUUAUCAUUCGGAUGGUCCUGAAGAAAAUGUCAGUCAUUAACGAUUCCGAAUCUUUCGAAAAACAUGAAUCCCCUCAAAAAAAUGAAUUUACCCAAAAAGAUGUUUUUCGCGAUAAAGAUAUUUCCCCGCAUCUUAACCAAAACAGUGUUCCUCGAAAACACGACAUAAUAAAUAUUCUUGGUCUCGCGGAAAAACAAUCGCAGGAAAUGAAUACAACGCCUGAAAAACCACCGAUAAAAAACUUCCUCUGUACGUGGUGUAAUCAGAAAUUUAAACAAAAAAUUCACUUACAAAAACACGAAUAUAAACACACCGGUGAUAAGCCCUACAAGUGUUUGGAAUGUGACUAUUCCACAGUUGAGAGGUCUCAUCUUAAGGUUCACAUCCGCAUUCACACUGGUAACUAUUUUUUACAUUGCAGGCGAAAAACCAUUUAA